AAGACCCUUAUUUCUGUCCCCUUUCUUUCGUCGCUGCAGCCGAACGAAUGCUCACGACGCCUCCCCAAAUCCAUCCGCGGCCGCUCCUCUCCUGGCUGCGGUGAUCCCCGGCAACUGCCCCUCUCCUGCUCCGGCGAGGACCCAUCCCCGGCCACAGGGGCCGUGCCGCACGGGAGGCCACUCGGCACGGGGGCCCGCGCCCGUCCGCGCGGCAGCAGAGCCGCGCCGCACUGGGCGGCGGACACAGCCGCGCCCGUCCGCACGGCACGGACCGGCGCCCAGUGCCGCGCCCGUCCGCGGUGCCCAGGCCAAUUGCCGAGCUGUUCGCACGGGCGGGCGGGGCACAGUCGGGAGGCGAGGAGCUCGAGCUCUUCAUGGUGAGGACCUCCCAAACUCUCUCGCCUCUCUCUCACGGCCUUAAGCUAUAUAGGUCAGGGGAGGAGGAAAGGCCACUGUUCCAUCUCUUGGAGUAGAAGGGCAGAAAGGCCUCUCACCUUCCCCCCAUUUCCAUUCCCUCCCGCCCGCACCAGAUUGGGGAAAUUCCGCGCCCAAUCCCAUCGGUUCCGACUGCCCAACCGCAAGAACCGGCCAACGGAUCAGGGCUCAGCAGGACCCGCCGGCGGCGGUGGAUUCGGAAAGGGAGGAAUCUUUUCUUUGAUUUCUGUUCUUGAGGAGAGGGUCUUGUUUUAGCUACUUUUUUUCGCUGGAUGCUGGCAAUGGGGUCGGAAGAGUGGGAGCUGUAUCCUUCUUACAUGGGUUCACAGGUCAUGGAAUAUGGACCGAUCUCUGAAGACAGCGAUGAUGACUGGAAUGGGGAUGUGGCAGUGUCAUUGGACGCUGUCCUCCCUGAUGAUCUCUUAGAGAAGGUUCUUUCCUUCUUGCCUGUUGCAAGUAUCAUAAGAUCUGGGUCUGUCUGCAAGAGGUGGCACGAGAUUGUGCAUGCCCAGAGGCAGACAUGGAGUAAAAUGGUGCCCCAGAAGCCAUGGUACUUCAUGUUUACUUGUAGUGAGGAUGCAGUUUCAGGUUUUGCCUAUGACCCAAGCCUCCGCAAGUGGUAUGGAUUUGAUUUCCCUUGCAUUGAGAAGAGCAACUGGUCCACAUCCUCGUCGGCUGGGUUGGUGUGCCUGAUGGAUAGUGAGAACAGGCGCCGCAUUAUGGUAUGCAACCCCAUCACUAAGGACUGGAAGCGGCUUCUUGAUGCUCCUGGAGGCAAAACAGCUGAUUACAGUGCUCUUGCCUUUUCUGUGGACAGGAGUUCUCAUCAGUACACAGUGGCUGUUGCAAGGAGCAACCAGGUUCCAUCAGAGAAUUAUCAGUGGGAGUUUACCAUCCAUUUGUAUGAGUCAGUCACUGGUAAUUGGGUGACUCCUUUUACUGGAGUACUGCUCGGAUGGAGAGGAGGUGAUGAGUGUGUCAUCUGUGGCGGAAUACUGUAUUACUUGGUGUACUCCACAGGAGUUCUAGUGAACAAUAAUGAGCAUCGCCAUUGUCUUGUCAUGUAUGAUCUUGCUGCAAGACCUAACCGCACUUCUUUAAUGAGCAUGGCUAUUCCAGUGCCAUGCGCUCUUACAUGUGGCCGGUUGAUGAACCUAAGUGAGAGGCUUGUACUGGUUGGUGGCAUUGGCAAGCAAGACAGGCCUGGGAUCGUCAAGGGAAUUGGCAUUUGGGAGCUCCAUAACAAAGGGUGGCGUGAGGUUGCUCGAAUGCCUCACAAGUUUUUUCAAGGAUUUGGUGAGUUCGACGAUGUUUUUGCAAGUUGCGGAGCAGAUGACCUUAUCUACAUCCAGAGCUAUGGAUCGCCGGCUCUUCUUACCUUUGAAAUAAACCAGAAGCUGUGGAAGUGGUCAGCGAAGAGCCCUGUGUCGAAGAGGUUUCCGCUGCAGCUGUUCACUGGUUUCUCUUUCGAGCCAAGGCUGGACAUUGCUUCCUAGUGUUCCUAAUUUGUUCCACCUCCACAGAAUCCUUACAUUAUAUUUUGCCUGGUUUUGGAGUGGCCGAAGUCAGGAUGAGAUGCUGUCGUUGGAAGACACUUGAACACAAAAUGUUCAAUUCUAUAGAUCUAUUCUAUUCAUUGCUGGUGUAUUGGUUAUAUCUUCUAAUUGAAGUGGUCAAUUAACUUUGCCGAUAUUUUUGUUAACUUGGUUCAAUAGUGGAGGGAGAGAUGAUGUCAACGAAUUACACAUGAACUAUUGUUUCCGGAUUACUCUUCUUUUGUUCCCUGCAAAAUUUGUGCUUCCUUGUCUCAGAAAAUUUAAUCAUUCCUGUUUUACUAUC